UCUUCGUGCCGUCUGCUACACCUGCCUGCCAAGCGCCGGCGCUAAGGGGCGCGGCUGGGACCGGUGCCCAAACCUCCGUCCCGACUUGCCUGGGAAAGUCGAGCGAAGAGGCACAAAGGGUCCGAGGACUUUAAGAACAUCCCACCGCGGGGCGCGCCCGCCUCAUUCAGCCGCAUCGCUCCUGCCGCGGACGCGACCGGUCGCUCUGCCGUGGAGAGGGACUGGGAUUUGAUCGAUCGUUGUUCGAGCUGGCCGAAGAUAAGAUGGGAUGGAGGAGUUAACGAGACAGAUGGACUUCUCAGGAGGCUUGUCAGGACAAAGGGUUGUGACAGAAACUGUGACCUCCACGACCAGGCUGACUUCUCUCCCACCAAAGGGAACCAGCGGAUCAAAUCACGGGAAUAUGUCCAGCAGUGCUGGAGGGUUGGGCUUGGAGAAGAAUGUCUUAACCCAGAGCAGCGGUGGAACUUAUUUUUCUUCAUCCUCUGUAGGUGUGAACACCAGCAGCUACAGCUCCUCCUCGGGAGUUUACCUGGGAGGAGACUCCUCAGGGGGAGGCACUGGAGGGGGUCGCUACACCGAUGGAGAGGGGUAUGGAAGUGGAGGAGGAGGAGGAGGCGGAGGCAGUUAUCUCGUGAGCUCGGUGUCAAAGGUCAGGUCAAGCUCGUCGAGUGGUGCCAGGAGAGCGCAGACUGCUGGCCCGACAGGAGGCCUGUCGCCAGGUUUCCGGGAGAGGAAGAUCAUAUCCAGCCACUCGGGAGGUUAUGACGGAAGUUCUAGUGCUAAUUCCUCUCCAGAAUUUACACGCAAAGAUUAUGGAAACUACUGCUCCAGCACCUCAAGAGGGAGGAGUGAAAGCAGAGAGAGCGAGAUCAGAGCCAGAUUACAAAGUGCCUCUCCCACUCCCUGCAGAUGGACGGAGCUGGACGACGUGAAGAAGCUUCUGAAGGGGCGUUCCAGCAGCGUCAGCCCCACACGCUCCUCCAACGCCUCCGUCACCCUGCCUGUCCCUAAAAAAACCAGCGUGGAAGCCAAAACCAUCUCUGUGGCCACGCAGUCGGUUUCAACUUCAUUUGGCUCCGGUGUGAGAUCAGGUGGAUUCAACACCAUUGAUACAUCAGGCCAGUAUGAUACCAGUCUGGGAUCUGGACAGUUUGAUACUGGCGUAAAAUCAGGCCAGUAUGACGUCACUCUGAAAUCUGGACAGUAUGAUACUGGUGUAAAAUCUGGCCAGUAUGAUGUCACUCUGAGAUCAGGCCAGUAUGACUCUAGUGUGAGAUCAGGCCAGUAUGAAUCUAGUGUGAGAUCAGGCCAGUAUGAUACCAGUCUGAAAUCAGGACAGUUUGACACUGGUGUAAAAUCUGGCCAGUAUGACUUCACUCUGAAAUCAGGACAGUUUGACACUGGUGUAAAAUCUGGCCAGUAUGACGUCACUCUGAAGUCAGGACAGUAUGAUACUGGUGUAAAAUCUGGCCAGUAUGACGUCGGUCUGAAAUCAGGACAGUAUGAUACUGGUGUAAAAUCUGGCCAGUAUGACGUCGGUCUGAAAUCAGGACAGUAUGAUACUGGUGUAAAAUCUGGCCAGUAUGACGUCGGUCUGAAAUCAGGACAGUAUGACACUAGUAUGAAGUCAGAACAAUAUGACAUCGGUCUGAAAUCAGGGCUAUAUGAUAAUACUGGCAAUACUGGUGUAAAAUCAGGCCAGUAUGACACCAGUAUUAGAUCAGGCCACUAUGAUACCAGUAUUAGAUCAGACCAGUAUGAUUCCAGAAUGAGAGCAGGCCAGUAUGACACCAGUAUGCGAUCAGGCCAGUAUGACACGCUGGACUCCACACUUCCCUCUUUCUCCUGGUCCACGUCCACGCUGCCGGCCUCCUCCACCACGGUGGUCGCUGGCAACACCAGCAGCUACACGUACCAGGUCGGCACCAACAACAUGUCGGGAGGAAACUCGCCACUCGCCACCACCUCACCCUCAUCCCUGUCAGUUUACGGCUUUCAGAAUAAUCUGGCGCCCACCUCUGGCACUGUGCUCACCACCAGUGGAGCCAACUCAAAUGCUUACGUAGGAGGUUAUGGCGUUCAGAAGAACGUGUCAAAUGGUGGCGGUGUCGUCAGCACUGGAGUCUCUACGACCACUAGAUCCCAAACUGAUGAUGCAUAUAAGAAAGACUAUAAGUUCUUGAUCUCUGAAAAGGAGAACGUUCCAGCUAAGAGGGACGCAGAGAUGUUCAUUUUGGCUAAAGACAGCGGGAAGCAGUUCACCACCAGCGGCGGUGGUGGCGGUGGGUCGCUAUCGGGAGAUUCAAUGAAGAAAGAGAAGCUUAUUUCAAGCUACAGUGAGACGGUCCCACUGAAGACAGAGUCAGGCAACUCUUACUAUGGAUCAUCUGGAGUUGUAAUGAAAGACAAAGCCACCUAUGCAGAGAUUCGCAGGGACAGCGGCAUCUUCGGAGGAGGAGGAUUUUGCUGCUGCUCCGACUCCUGCUGCUCCUGGUGGAAAUGGCUGCUGGGCCUUCUCCUCCUCUCCCUUCUCCUGCUGGGACUUAUUUUUGGCCUGAUCGCACUGGCUGAAGACAUGAGAAAGCUGAAGAAUCGAGUGGCUGCCCUGGAGGCUGAGUCCGCGGUCGCCGCCGCCCGUACCAGUCAGCUGUCAGGUUCUUCCAAUGACAUCAACACUUAUGUGGCUGGUGGAGGUACCGGUCACACUGACACAAUACACCUGGAUGCUGGAGGUGGAGGCUCAGGCUCCAAAACACGAAUCGGAAUUGCCGCCGGUGCUGGCGGCUCCAAAGGUGGCAGUGGCAAUGACAUCGGCGCUGGAAGUAGCUUUGGCGGUGCCAGUGGGGCCAGUGGUGGCAGUGGGGUCAGUGUGACUGGGGCUGGAGGUGCUGGCACUGACUUCAGUGGCAGCGCUGGCAGUGCUGGUACCGGCUUCGGUGGCAGCGCCGGCAGGGCUGGUACCAGUUUCAGUGGUAGCGCCGGCAGUGCCGACACUGGCUUCAGUGGCAGCGCCGGCAGUGCUGGUACCGGCUUCGGUGGCAGCGCCGGCAGGGCUGGUACCAGUUUCAGUGGUAGCGCCGGCAGUGCCGACACUGGCUUCAGUGGCAGCGCCGGCAGUGCUGGUACCGGUUUCGGUGGCAGCGCCGGCAGGGCUGGUACCAGUUUCAGUGGUAGCGCCGGCAGUGCUGGUACCGGCUUCAGUGGCAGCGCCGGCAGUGCUGGUACCGGUUUCAGUGGUAGCGCCGGCAGUGCUGGUACCGGCUUCAGUGGCAGCGCCGGCAGUGCUGGUACCAGUUUCAGUGGCAGCGCUGGCAGUGCUGAUACCGGUUUCAGUAGUGGCACUGUCUUUGGGACUGGUGUGAGUGGAGGACACGCAGACACUGCUUCCUUUCAGAUGAUGAUCCAGCACAUGCUCAGAGCUGAAAUACAAUCACAGACUUUCAGAGCUUUUCUAGCAUCCUCAGUUCAGGGAGAGAGAGGGCUGCCUGGACCUAAAGGGGACUCUGGGGUUAAAGGUGAUCCUGGUUUCCCUGGAAUGCCAGGUCGUCCGGGUGCGAUAGGACAUACAGGCCCCGAGGGUCCUAAAGGACAGAAAGGAAGCCAAGGCGAUCAUGGGCCGGAAGGGCCAACGGGUAUCAGGGGUCGUGAGGGCCCAGCUGGCCCCAGAGGUGAUCCAGGACCUCCAGGCUUUGGAAUGAAAGGCGACAGAGGGGCUCCUGGAGAUCCUGGGGUUGCUGGAUCUGUGGGACCGGUUGGACCAAAAGGUGCACCAGGUGUUCCUGGGCUUUCUGGGCCACCAGGUCAACCAGGUUCUCAGGGUUUCCGUGGAGGGUCAGGGCCACCUGGGCCUAAAGGUGAACCUGGUGACAAAGGUCUCAGAGGUCUGCAAGGUGAUCCCGGUUUACCAGGUCUGCCUGGGCCAGCUGGAGAGAAAGGAUCCAAAGGUUCAAUGGGACUGUCUGGACAUGAUGGUGCAAAAGGAUCUAGAGGUGACCAAGGACCUGCUGGGCCCCCUGGACUCAGAGGUCCUUCUGGGCCUCCUGGGGAUGGUGGACUUCCAGGAGCACCUGGGCUUCCAGGACCACCAGGGAUACCAGGGAAUCCAGGACAACCUGGCACCAAAGGUGAAACUGGUGAACCAGGAAGAAUCAUCAAUGCAGCUGGCUCCACUUCUGUUGGCAUCCCAGGACCACCUGGGCCUGCUGGUCCUCCUGGCCCUGCGGGACCUCCUGGAUUAUCAGGUCCCAUUGGCCCUGCUGGUCUGCCUGGCCAGCCUGGUCCUAAAGGUGACAGGGGAUUUAAGGGAGACCAGGGACAACCAGGAAUAUCAGUGAGAAUGACUGAAAGUAUAAGUUCAACCAGAGCUGAGAGUCAGUUUGGUGCUGGUGGAGCCUCACAACUAUCUGGCCAACCUGGCCCACCGGGUCCACCUGGACCUCCUGGACGUCCAGGAGAUUCAAGACAAGGACCUCCAGGACCACCUGGGCCUCGAGGUCAGCCAGGUUACGGAAUACCAGGACCUAAAGGAGAUAAAGGAGACUCAGGCUUUGUAUCCAGCUCUGGAACAUUUUACAGUGGACCACCAGGACCACCUGGGCCUCCUGGGCCUAAAGGAUCAACAGGUUCUCCUGGCCCAAGGGGCUACCAAGGUGAAUCAGGACAGCCAGGUGUUCCCGGCCCCCCAGGAAGACCGGGAAGCUCUGAGAGAGUGUCGACUUAUGCUGGAGGACACACGAUCCCUGGACCACCAGGUCCAGCAGGGCCUCCUGGACGUCCAGGACCACCAGGAAUCAAAGGGGACACUGGAGCUCCUGGUAUUCCUGGUUCUUCAAGAGGAUCCAUCUCAGUCACUUCAGGCCCUCCUGGUCCCCCAGGUCCUCCUGGCCCUCCAGGCCAGCCAGGCUCCUUCAGUUCUUCUAGUGAGAUGCGCCAGUACAUCAUUGACUAUCUAAGUAGAAGCAGACAAGCUGGUAUCCCUGGACUUCCUGGUCCACCUGGGCCUCCAGGAAUCCCUGGAACCUUCUCAGGCUCUAUACAAGACAUUGUUGCUCAUGUCAUUGAAUACAUGGAAAGGUCAGGCUCACAUGGUCCUCCAGGUCCAUUUAAUUUUGAUCUCCCUUCAACAUAUAUGGACGAAGUUAUUAGACGAAGUCAAGUUGUAGAUAUCAGACAAUUUAACGAGGGAGCAGCAGGACCGCUAGGACCACAAGGACCCUCAGUACAAGGACGGACAACAGGAGAGGUUUUAAACAGUUACAGUGUAGAUGAGAUAGCCAGAUAUGUCUUCAACAUCAUGGAUGAGAGAGGGAUUGCUAGAGGUCCCCCUGGGCUACCUGGUCCUCCUGGGCCUCCUGGUGCAGGAGGCUCUGGUGUCAGUACAGCUACAAUUGACUAUUCUGCACUGACGAGAAAUUCAGACUUCCGCUCAUGGAUUAGGUCAGCCUUACAACAUGGUCCUCCUGGUCCUGCAGGUGUCCCAGGGCUACCUGGCCCUCCUGGCCCUCAGGGGCCUCCAGGAGUCUCCACUGCCACUGUGUAUGGGGCGGGGGGUCGUAGCUACAGCUUCGAGGACAUUCAGCGUUACCUGCAGGGUUCUGGGUUCAGAGGUCUGCCCGGCCCUCCUGGUCCUCCGGGCCCACAGGGACCACAGGGCCCACCAGGCACUAACACUGGAUCUGUUUCCUACAGUGGAAACCUCCCUCGGGAGAGCAUCCGCACUGAAGUUCACGCGUAUCUGACCAGUGACAGUAUUCGUCGUGCUAUCACCGGACCUCCAGGGCCUCCGGGACCAAUGGGUCAGAAAGGAGAGCGUGGAGAGCCGGGUUACAUCCAAAGAUACACGCAGAGCCAGAGCUACUCUCAGGGUGACUCCCGCCACAGCUCGGAGCGCAGAGAGGUCGAUGUCAGCAAGCUUGCUGAGACACUGGACUACUCCAACGUUGCCUUGAAAGUUACAGACUACAUCAAAAACCAAGGCCUGCUGCAGGAGUAUCUGGUUGAGGGUCCUUCCAGGGUGAAUGUGAGAGCGAUUCAAGGCGUCCCUGGUCCACCUGGCCCUCCUGGACCACCUGGUUACAGCCGCGUCAUCGGUUCCUACGGCAAUGUCACAGCUGACCUCAUGGACUUCUUCAGAACCUAUGGCACCAUCCCCGGCCCUCCAGGAAGGCCUGGACCAAAGGGAGAAAGAGGGUACCCAGGACCCAGAGGAGACAAGGGUGAUCCUGGACACCCAGGUUUACCAGGACUACCAGGGUCAUACACUGUCCAAAGUCCAAGCAGAGUGCAGAAGAGGGAUACAGGCAAUAAAGUGGUUGGUCGUCGUCAGCGGCAUCGCCGUCAGGCCAACGGUGGCUAAAGGGCUAACAUACUACUGGAUCAUGUCAGAUUUCGUUUUCACUUUUACUCAUCUUUUUUUUAGGUGUUCAACUUUAGCAAUGCAAGUAGUCAAAAAAAUGCUCCUUAUUGUUUGCAUCUGUAGAAACAUCAGAAGACGAUUUGAGAAAAUAAAAGCGGCCAAAAAUGCAUCAGUCUCUUUGAAACGACUUCAGUAGAGAUAUGGUUUUAGUUGCUGGUCAGUGUUUUUGUGACACAGACUUCAUUUUUUUGUCACGUGGGUGUAUAAUGUUUACUUUGCUCAGUUAGAGGCUCACAUUCAAAACAUUUUUCUGGGGGCAGCUUUGUUUAAUAGACUAUCUAUUUUUAAGCGAUAACUAGCAAUUGCUGAUAUUUUAAUUGCUCUUUGCAUCCUUUUCCACUGCUUAUGUGACUCGAGCAUCUGGUGUACUUUUUAUUGUAUUUGCUGUCUUUUGAGGAUUAUAUUGUAUUGAGGACUAUGUAAGUUAAAUGUUGUAUCAAGGUAAAAGACUACAAUAUAUUCAUAUAAUCCACCUAAGUCAAGCCGGCCUUCAGCCUUUAAGUCCCCUGGCAGUUAUCCAUUCAUCCCACACAAAUUAAAAAACAUUUUACAUUAUUAAAUUUAUAAAGCAAUGCACAAUUAUCAAAAGCUGAGACAGUCCCGGUCAGAGUAAGGGCCAUUUGUGCAACAUGGGUGUGUGUGUGUGUGUGUGUGUUUGUGUGUCUGGGUGAGGGGUAUGUGGGUGUGUGUCAGUGUGGUGGCAGGGUGGGGAUUGGUUGAUACACUUGAAAUAAAUCACAUCGUUCAUAUGGUUGAAAGACAGGGACGCAUGAUCACUUAGAAAUGACUGAUUGGGUUGUAUAUUUUUGUAUAAGAACGCACUGAAAUUGAUAUAUUUUCUUUGUGUGUUGGAAAGAUAAAUGUUCCCAGAUUAUGUUUUACAUGAUUGAAUUUACUGACAUUUGAUCAAUAUAUUUGAAACACACACAAAUAAAUCUAUUUUUGGA